AAUACAAGCUGCAACCUGUAACUUCGAGGUCAUGGAGGUUGGAACAUGCAAUCUCAUGAUGGAAGUAUUUCUUCAGCUCAUCAGUUGCUUGCAAAGCUUGCUAUCAUCAGAUCUCAUGCUGGCUAACUGACCUGCAAUCCUGGCCUCUUCAUUGCCGUUUCAAAGCUCCACUAUUAAUUAGUUUUUAGUUCAUUUGUGAGACCAGACACAACACAAAACUUGUACCCGUGGGGCAUUAGCCUCACUUUCCAGGGCUGAUUGACUGCCUGACUGCCGUGAAUCUACCCAACGAAUUUCAACUCAACACAGAAUCCGAUCAGUGUUGCAAGCAGAAUUGGAGAGGACGGCAGGUCAAGAUCUUAGCCUAAGGCGCGUCUGCAGUAAAUAGAGCGGCUAAAUUUCAUCGCAAAACCUGGCAAACGAAGAAGACGAUUUAUAAAAGAAAAAAAAACGAUAUAUGUGCAGAGGUUGUGAACUAGUGGUGGUGGUGGUGGAGGUUGUGAUAUUUUUGGUGCAGCGAGCUCAGGAGUUGGGCGGGGGUGGGGGGUCGGAGAGAUGAAGGUGAAGGUAAAGGUGGGAGUGAUGAGGUGGUCCAGGAGCUUUGAGACAUCGUUGUCACGAUGAGUGGGAAGGUGGUGGUCCAGGCGUCUCGCUCACGAGAGUACAUUCGCAUAGUUGCAGUAGCAUCAUAUUUGACCUUGCCAGGAGAUUGUCAUGGUGGAGUUAGCGGUGGGGAGGUGCUACAGUUGCCUUCUUAUUUCAGGUACCAGUAACUGCUUCACGCAGAUUGGUCAGCGAGAGGAAUAUAGGAUUCUCAUAAACUCGGGUGCAGAUCUGGUGUUUGCUGGUUCCGUUCAAAACUACUGAGUAGCGGAAGUUCAUAUCGGGUCCUGAAGCCAAGUGAACCCGUAGAUUUCAAGAUAUCAAAUCCUCUGGAACAUUUCGAUUUCAGGGUUUCUUGUGAUGAGGGGUCGAUGGUCACGACAACAACCAUGUGAGGCACCGCACAUGUAGACUGUCCUGAAUGUGAUCAUGAUUCGUCUCUUAUCCUCGCCAUUUCACACAAGGGAAUUACGUUAGGUAAUCAUGAGCAAACCAGCAGGGGGAGUGCAAGAACAUCUUCGGUCAAUUGUUGGACCCAAAGGGUGGGACUAUGCUGUCUUUUGGCAACUCCAUGACGAGACACGUUCUCUUGAUUGGACUGGGUGUUGUUGUAGCGGUGCCGAAGCUGCAGGCAACGACGUCUUGGUGGCAUCUUCUAGUAGUCGUUUUCUUGAGUCCUCAACAGGCUGCCCAGAUGUGAAGGGUUUUCACCCUGAUACACACAUCUGCUCGCUACUUGCAAGCAUGCCAUCUUCGGUGUCGUUAGACUCAGGGAUUCAAGGAAGGAUUUUUCUUGGAGGCCAACCCAAGUGGGUACACAUGGAUCCAUCCAUGGAGGGACAGGACAUGGCAGUACAAACCAAAGUUUGCAUACCUGUCCAAAGUGGUCUUGUGGAGCUAGGGGUUGCGAAUCAUGUGACUGAAAACGCAGCCUUGGUGCAAUACGUAAGGGGUAGUUGUGGAGAACCGUGGCAAUCAAAGCAAGGGAGCAGUAGCAACACUGCCCUUGAUGCAGCUUCAGGUGGACAUGGAAUGAUGGACCAGCAGGCAGUGAAGAUGUACUACUCACGCCAUUUUCCUACCAACUUGGAGAACUCCUGGCCAAGCUCACACCCAUGGGAACAAGAAGACCCCAUGUUGGAGUCCCAGCUCCUUGGGGGUAUGGACCAAGAAUUGAUUCAAUUACUAGGGACAAAUGUGCACUUUCCUCACCAUGCAGGGCCAAUGGCAGACUCGUCCCCACGAGGAAGUGGGUUGUCGAAAGAUGACGGGGAAGUGAAGCAGGAGAUUCGUGGGGAUUCCUCCGAUUGCAGCGAUCCCAUGGAAGACGACGAAGAGAAGGGCGGUCCUAGAUCUGCUCGCCGCCACUUGUCGAAGAAUUUGGUCGCCGAGCGUAAGCGCCGGAAGAAGCUUAACGAACGCCUCUACUCGCUGCGGGCUCUCGUCCCAAAAAUCACCAAGAUGGACCGCGCGUCCAUCUUGGGAGAUGCCAUAGAGUAUGUGAAGGAGCUGCAACAACAGGUGAAGGAGUUGCAAGAAGAGCUUCUGGACAGCAAAGAAAAUGACAUGGGCACUGCUGGGUUAGGAUUUGAAGAGGCAGCAGUAGCUGCUGAAGAGGCAAACCUUGGAGGCGCCAUUGACAUCGGGCGAUGUUCUGGGAAGGUCGACUCCCAGGCUGUCACGAUUGAGGUCAUUGACAGGAAAGGUGACCAUGAGCUCACACAGCCCAUGCAGGUGGAGGUGAGCAAGAUGGAUGGGCGUUUGUUCAGCCUCCGAAUCUUUUGUGAGAAACGACCUGGAGUGUUCGUGAAGUUGAUGCAGGCGCUGGAUGUCCUUGGUCUCAGCGUUGUCCACGCUAACAUCACCACAUUCCGUGGCUUAGUCCUCAAUGUUUUCAAUGCCGAGGUUAGAGACAAGGAGCUUGUCGGUGUGGAGCAAAUGCGCGACACGUUGUUUGAGAUGGCUUCGCAAUCCAAUCACCGGUCACUAGCGCUCGCUGCUACAGAUCCCCCAGCCAGUUUGCAACCAUCCUCCAUGAGCGGAGACAGACUAGAGACGAUAACCGAAGGAUCAUUCCCAUAGCCAUAAAUCUAUUUCAUAUCUGCGCCACAGGGGCAAGCUGCACUAAACCCUACAAUAGGCUGAACCGUAAAUUUCACAUGAUUGGCCUAUCAACACUUGAAGCCAGCAACGAGAGCAAUAAUGGGUGCAUGAUAAAUUACCCUCUCAUCACUCAGCUACAAGGACCCAAAUCUUCUGAUAUUAAUUUUCCUCUUCUAUUGAAACGUCCACCUUACUACCCUACAUUUGGAGUUCAGAUUCAAUACUCACAUGUAAGCAAGGGUUCUUCCAGAAGGUAAGCCUAAUGUUAGAAACUAUAUAGGUGAAAAAAAACAUUGCAAGCAUGAAAUGAACAAGUUUUCACAAAGA